AUGACAUUGGGCCAGCGACUGCAAGUGACGCGCCGCAGCCUCGUGACGCUCCACAAGUCCACGCGCUCCCCCGCCACGUCCAAGCGGCGUCAAGACGCUGUCGCUGCUCCUGCUGCUGCUUCUGCUGUGGUCGCUCAAGACACAGACGAGGCGCCGUCACCGAUUCGAUUGGCCAAGCGCAUUGCCAUGUCCGGUCUGUGCUCGCGUCGAGCGGCCGAGAAGCGCAUUCGGAGCGCCGACGUGACUGUCAAUGGCCGUGUAGUGGACGACGUGGCGACGGUCGUGGACGUGGCGAGGGACGUCGUGGCGGUGGACGGACGCGCGCUGGCCAAGACGCAGCAGAGGACCAUGUGGAUGGCGCACAAGAUGAAGGGCGAGCUUGUGACGGACGGUGAUCCUCAGGGUCGUGCUACUAUCUUUGACCGAUUGCGGGUGAUGGGGCUUGUGCAGCACAUGAUGCCAGUGGGUCGACUGGAUUUCAAUACGGAGGGGCUGCUGCUUCUUACGAACGAUGGGGACCACGCGAGAGAGCUGGAACAUCCCAAGACGGGCGUCGUGCGGGUCUAUCGAGCACUGGUUCGCGGCAAUGUGGCCGAGUCGAAAUUGCAGGAGUUGCAGCGAGGACCGAUCGUGGACGGCGUCAAGUACCGACCGAUGAACGUGACGGUGCAGUCUACGGACAAGAAAGACUCGUGGCUCCAGGUGACAGUCACGGAGGGGAAGAAUCGUGAGGUCCGAAAAGCGCUGGCCCAUGUGCGACUGGUAGUGAAGCGGUUGAUCCGUGUGCAGUACGGUCCUUACCGUCUUGCAGACCUUCCACUAGGUGCUGUGCUGAAAGUGCGUACGAAAUCUUUCGAGAAGAAAAGCAGCGGUGCAAGUGAAAAGCAGCCAAAGAUCGGUCAGACGCUGGAUUAA